AUGGCGACCUUACGGUCGAGGAAAUUCCUGAGUUGCUUCUAUUGUGGCAAAAAGUCUAAACUGCGCUUCGAAGGCCAGAAGUCAUUUCUCUGCUUAUACUGCGAUGCGACAAAUUGGUUAGACGAAUAUGGAAGUAUUACCGACCCCCCUACGACGUCAUCAUCCAUCGAGCGCCCCCAAGUUCAGUUCGCGAUUCCUCGCUCAUCAGUACCCCGGUCACCAACGCGAUCACUAUCUCCAAAUGGCAUAAGUUCUGAAGAUUCCAUCUUCUGUAAUACGUGUUUAAGGAACCAGCAUAUGCUCACGAGCUCGCUUGCGCAAUUUGAGUGGCCGGAAGACCACAAUAGCGCCGAAUAUGCUGCCAGAGAGAAGAGAUAUUGGGCCCUUCGAAGGGACCUUGAAAAAAGGUACCCUCAGAUGUGUGCCCUUUGCGAACCCAAAGUAGAGAAGAAGCUUCACGAAGCAAGCUAUACGGCGCAAACCGACCACCUGCGCCGAAUGAUGGAUCGCACGCGGUCGAGCCGACAAGAAGUGAAGAAGCGAGGUGUUUUAGACGCAGUUGACUGGGCAGGCAGAUGGGCGUGGAAGCUCGGCUUUGCAUUACAGUUUCUAUGGCAUAUUGCUAUGCUUUGGUCACUCGUCAUAGGACAGUACGUUCUAAGCGGAACAGAAUCGCGGGUGGCUACGAUUCUGAAAGGUGUACAUCAAUACGUCAACAAUCUAUUACCUGGCCCAGACCAGCUCAUGCGGUGGGCGAUUAGUCUUGCGUUAUGUUCACUGCCGUGGAAUCCGCGCUUCAAACAGACGAUACGGGGCUUCACGGCGCAUUAUCUUGGAUUUAAGCAUUGGUAUACGUACCAGUUUCUUAUCUUGUUGGUACGAUAUGCCGGCCUCUCGAUGGCCCAAUAUAGUUCCUCGGAGAGAUUACAGGUGCCGGCCCAACUGGGCGCGCAGCUCGCCAUAGCGUUAUUGAUGACCUUUAUUUAUCACGCGUCGCGGAAGUCUAUUCAUACAGAUACAACGCCUCUCUUUCGACCUCGCCAGAAGGUGAAUAGCUCGCAAAGGCCACCCGUCGUGCCAGAACUGCCAAAUAAUCAAAAUGAUCUUGGAAGUAUACUCGACGAGAUGUCCCAAUCACAGGUUGGGCCUGCGCCGCAUUCUCCUCAAAGUCCGGAUGCUCAUCAAUCGACCGCGUAUAAUGAGCCCUUCGGCGGCUCCUUCGGCGGUUCCUUCGACAGCUCGUUCCGUAGACCGCAGCAAAACUUAUUUCCCAACUCGUCUUUUAGUUCUAUGCGUCUAUCUGACCCAGUUAUUACUAGAAAACCAGAACCCCAGAGAGUUCAUUACGAGGAAGAAAUGGAUUGGACGCCAUCCGCUUCACAGCACCGAGCGUUCAGCUCGUACAACCCGUAUAAGGUGAAGAACACUAACCCACGCUUCAGCGAUACUCCCAUCGAGGCAAAGUCCGGCCCAAUCUGGUACAAGGUGCCCCCGGCUCCUACUACUCCCGCACAGAAGUUACGCAAUCCUCCUAUGCGCCCGAUUAUUAGAGAAAGCCCGAAGGAGGUAAAAGAGAACUUCUUCCAAAGUGCAGCUAGGGGACCCCUAAACAUUGGUUCGGGUCACGGCAGCUUAUCAGAUAUUAAAUUUGCUGAGCCAAAAUUCUUUGCGCCGGAAGAUAAAGAUGAUCCACGAGAUAACCUCUCUAGGAUGUUUGCAAGUUCUUUCAGCAUUAGUCCAGAUCCAGAUGAGCAGAGGUAUCGGAAUCCUAGGCGUGCGGGUACAGCCUCUGUUUUCGGUGUUCGCCAGGGCGCUCAGAAUACAACAGAUCGACAAAAUCACCGUGUGACGCGUUUCGCAGAGCUAUUGGUGCUUGUGGGCGCCCUUUACGCGUGGGUUUCGGCUUUGAAAACGGACGAACCUUAUGGUAUGAGCCUCGCUUUAACUUCUAUUAUAGCCUGUUUGAUCAUUUCGAUUCGACUGGCUGCUGAUCUACAGGUCGAUUUCCAGCUUCGGGAAGGAAAACAGCCACCACUAUUUGCUGUAUCGUGGGCGAAUUUGGGGCUGGCACAGGUUAUAUCUUCACUCAUUCUUGCUUGGAGUCUUUGGUCAGGAAUUGGGACUAAAUAUCCCUGGAGCAUAUACGGUAGUGCUCAUAUUAUAACCGCGAUCGUUCAUCACCUUGUGCAUAUUUUCUUAUAA